GCCAGUAUUGGCGCGCUGUGCGCGGCCACAACAGCACUCGCCAUCGACCCCAUCAUCAUCAAGGGCAGCAAGUUCUUCAACGAGAAGACGGGGGAGCAGUUCUACUUCAAGGGUAUCGCCUACCAGCCGCGUACGGGCCUCAAGGGCGACAACCCCGACCCCCUUGCCGAUACCGUCGGCUGCAAGCGCGACGUUGAGCUGUUCAAGGACCUGGGCAUCAACUCCAUCCGCGUCUACGAAGUUGACUACAACAAGAACCAUGAUACGUGCAUGAAGCUGCUCUCCGACGCCGGAAUCUACCUGUUGCUUGACAUGCCGUCACCAAAGUACUCGAUCAACCGUCUCGACCCCUACUGGGACCACGACACGAUGGGCCACUGGGCAGCCAAGGUCGAUGCCUUCUCCAAGUAUGACAAUCUGGCUGCCUGGAUUGCCGGAAACGAGGUGGCCAACGACAAGGACACCACGUCGUCGGCUGCGUUCGUGAAGGCUGCCGUUCGCGACAUGAAGGCAUACUUGAAGGCCAAGGGACUGAAGACCCCUGUCGGCUACGCCGACAAUGACGACAUGGACAUCCGCAUGAAUCUGAUCAACUACUUUAACUGUGGGAGCGAGGAGACCCGCGUUGACUUCUAUGGGAUUAACAUCUACCGCUGGUGUGGCGACGAGACUGACUUCAAGACCUCUGGCUUCGCAGACGUUACCAAGAACAUGACCGAUUACAAGAUCCCGUCGCUGUUGACCGAGUUUGGCUGCAACAAGAUACGCCCUCGCACCUUCCCCGACGUCAAGUCGCUGUACGGAUCCGACAUGAACAGCGUUUUCUCGGGUGGCAUUAUGUACGAGUUUACCGAAGAAGACAACGAGUAUGGUAUUGUCAAGGUGUCCUACGGCAGCUCCAAGGUUGAGAAGACCGAGGACUAUGACAACCUGAAGAAAGUCUACUCCGGUCUCUCGACCAAGGGCGUUAAGAUGUCUGACUACAAGCCCGGAGGCAAGGACAGUAUCUGCCCCAAGGUCAGCGACAUAUGGGAAGUAAAGUCUGAUGUGCUCCCUCCCACGCCGUCAGCUGCCCGCUGCAAGUGCAUGAUGGACUCUCUGGGCUGCACGCUCAAGAGCACCGAGCUGUCCACCACCGAGGGCAAGGUUCUCGGCGAGGCUAUCGGAAACAUCUGCGGUCUGACCAGUUGUAACGAGAUCUCCUCCAACACGAGCAAGGGCGGUUAUGGUAACUAUGUCGCGUGCUCGGCUGUUGAGCGCUCCGCAUGGGCUAUCAACCAGAACUAC